UUCUGGAAAGAUGGCGGUCAGCAUCCGAGGCCGUCCGAGCCGAAGCAUUCGGAUGCGAGGUCGGAAUGACAGUGGGGAGGAACAUGUACCACUCGAUCUUUCCAGAGAUCCUUCAGACAACCUUCGGGAAAUCCUUCAGAAUGUUGCCAAGCAACAAGGAGUCUCCAACAUGCGCAAACUCGGUCACCUGAACAACUUCAUAAAGCUUCUCUGCAAUGUAGGCCACUCAGAGGAGAAGCUUGGGUUUACACAUGAAGAGAUCAUCAUUUGUCUCCGGUUAGCACUGUUGAAUGAGGCUAAGGAGGUGCGAGCUGCAGGCCUGAGGGCUCUCCGCUACCUGAUCAGAGACAGCGCUAUUCUCCAGAAGGUCCUCCGGCUUCAGGUAGACUACCUGAUCGCCAGGUGCAUAGACAUCCAGCAAAGCAAUGAGGUGGAGAGGACACAGGCUCUCAGGCUGGUGCGAAAGAUGAUCACUGUGAAUGCACUGCUCUUCCCCUCGUCUGUCACCAACUCCCUCAUUGCCGUGGGCAACGAUGGGCUACAGGAGCGAGACCGCAUGGUACGCGCCUGUAUCGCCAUCAUCUGUGAACUUGCUCUGAAGAACCCUGUGGUGGUAGCCCAGAGGGGUGGUCUCAGCACCAUUCUGAAGAACGUGAUCGACUGUCAGCUGAGCCGCAUGAACGAGGCACUCAUCACUACCAUCCUACACCUCCUCAACCACCCACACACACGCCAGUAUGUGCGCUCGGAUGUGGAGCUCGAGCAAAUCCUGGCCCCUUACACUGACUUCCACUACAGACACAAUGCAGACACGCCAGAGGGGCAGCUCAAGGAAGACAGGGAGGCUCGAUUCUUGGCCAGUAAAAUGUCCAUAGUUGCUUCCUUUCGCUCCUGGUCAGGCAUCAUUAACCUGUGCAAGUCAGGCAACUCUGGAAUCCAGUCUCUUAUUGGCCUGCUCUGUAUACCAAAUAUGGAAGUAAGGAAAGGCUUAUUAGAGGUGAUAUAUGAUAUCUUCCGGCUCCCCAUGCCGGUUGCGACUGCAGACUUUAUGGAAGCACUUGUCAGUGUGGACCCUAGUAGGUUCCAAGACAAUUGGAGGUUAUCAGAUGGCUUUGUGGCUUCCGAAGCAAAAGUUAUCCUUCCACAUCGAGCUCGGUCAAGGCCUGACUUAAUGGAUAACUACCUAGCGUUGGUACUGUCUGCCUUCAUCAAGAGUGGACUUCUUGAGGGUCUCGUUGAGGUUAUCACAAGCACUGAUGACACCAUCUCUGUGCGAGCCACCAUUCUACUGGGAGAACUGCUUCACAUGGCCAACACCAUCCUGCCCCACUCCCACAGCCACCACCUGCACUGUCUGCCCACACUCAUCAACAAGGCAGCCUCCUUCGACAUCGCUCAGGAGAAGAGACUACGGGCGAGUGCAGCGGUCAACUACCUGAAACAUUUCCAUGAGAAGAAGAAGAGAGGACCCAAACCCAACAGCCUGUACCUGGACCACAUCAUCUGCAAAUCGAAGGCUUCUCACUACUGUAGAGACCAGCACUUUAGAACACAGAGAGAUAUCUUUGUCAUUAAGGACACUGAGGAUGCUCUCAUGAUGAACCUGAGAGACAGCCACAUCCUCAACCACAAAGAAAACCUGGACUGGAAUUGGGUUCUCAUCGCAACAAUAUUGAAGUGGCCAAAUGUUAACCUGCGGAGCAAUAAAGAUGAACAAAUGCACAAGUUUGUGCGCAGGCUGCUGUUCUUCUAUAAGCCCAGCAGUAAGCUGUACGGCAGCCUGGAGCUGGACCACAGUAAGGCCAGGCAGCUCACUGUGGUGGGAUGUCAGUUCAUCAAGUUCCUCCUGGAGUCUGAGGAGGAUGGGCAGGCGUACCUGGAGGACCUAAUAAAGGACAUAGUUCAGUGGCUCUCCUCUUCCUCAGGGCUCAAGCCUGACCGCAGUCUCCAGAGCAACGGCUUGCUCACCACUCUCAGCCAGCACUACUUCCUGUUCCUGGGCACUCUCUCCUCACACCCGCACGGGAUCAAGAUGCUGGAGAAGUGCAGUGUCUUCCAGUGCCUGUUGAACAUCUGUACUCUGAAGAAUCAGGACCACCUGCUGAAACUCACUGUCUCCAUACUGGACUACAGCCGUGACGGGCUGUCCAGGGUCAUUCUGUCCAAGAUCCUCACUGCUGCCACUGACAACUGCAGGUUGUAUGCCACUAAACACCUGCGGGUGCUGCUUCGUGCCAACGUGGAGUUCUUCAGUAACUGGGGCAUCGAGCUUCUGGUCACCCAGCUCCACGACCGCAACAAGACCAUCUCCAUGGAGGCGCUGGACACACUGGACGAGGCCUGUGAGGACAAGGCAAACCUCCAUGCUCUGAUCCAGAUGAAGCCAGCUCUCACUCACCUGGGGGACAAGGGGGUCCUGCUGCUGCUACGGUUCUUGUCCAUUCCAAAGGGCUUCUCCUACCUCAAUGAGAGGGGUUACGUCACCAAGCAGCUAGAGAAAUGGCAGAAGGACUAUAACCUGAAGUAUGUGGACAUGAUAGAGGAGCAGCUUAACGAGGCUCUAACCACGUACCGCAAGCCUGUCGACGGAGACAACUAUGUACGCCGAAGCAACCAAAGGUUACAGAGGCCAAAUGUUUAUCUUCCUGUGCAUCUGUAUGGCCAGCUUGUCCAUGAUAAGACAGGCUGCCAUCUACUGGAAGUCCAGAAUGUGGUUCCUGACCUAAGCUACACUGUCCGUUCCCCAAUGCUGGACAAGUGGGAGGGCAUCAAACAGCUAAAAGCAGCACUUUGGGCCUUGGGUAACAUAGGGUCGUCAAACUGGGGGUUGAACCUCUUGCAGGAGGAGGGGGUGAUCCCUGACAUAGUGGUUCUGGCCCUGCACUGUGAGGUCCUCUCCAUCAGGGGGACGUGUCUGUACGUGUUGGGGCUGAUCUCGAAGACACGUCAGGGCUGUGACAUGCUGAAGCAGCACGGCUGGGAUGCUGUAAGACACAGCCGCCGGACGCUGUGGCCCGUUGUCCCAGACGACAUGGAGCCCCCCCCCAACCCUCCCAGCCUGCUGUCCUCUGUCCCCUCCAGCCUCAGCCUGGCCUCUGACUCCACCAGCUCUAGACACAACAGCGAGAGUGACUCCACACAGCCCAGUAUGUACAUCAUGGAUGAUGAGAGGCUGGAGAACUGUGACCUGUCGGACGAUCCUCCCAUGUACAUGAGACCCAAGUACAAGGACCGCAGCCCCUUCACCCUCCUGGCCUCCAGCCGCUUCCGCAACCACCUCCUCCACUCCCUGUCGCUCUCCGGGAAGAUGCUGCGCAGCACCAGUGACCCCAAGGGCACCACCAGGGACCACGGAGGAGGGAUGGAAGGGGAACAGGGGCGCAAACGCACCGUCACUGAACCCAGCUACACCUUUGGAUCUUCAGAUGUCUUCCCAAUCUAUAAUGACGGCCACCUGCCCAAAAGCCCCUCUGCCAACCUAGAAACUUCCAUUGUGGGCAGCAAGGCCUCUGAGAACCAGGACAGCACCCCCAGCUUUGGGGAGGGCGAGGAAGAUGGGGAGGGGGAGGGGAGGCUGCCAGGCCGGUCAGUGGGGGUAGGAGGGUCAGGGGUGGGGGAGAACCAGAGAGAGCAGACUAGCCGGGAACGCCUGGCCGGGGAUGGCCCGUCCGGUGGGGGCGGGGGAGCUCCGUUUAAAUCGCGCAGUCAGAGCUUCAACACGGACACGACCACCAGCGGCAUCAGCUCUAUGAGCUCCAGCCCCUCCAGGGAGACCCUGCCCUCCACCAUCGACACGGACGGUGUCAGCCUCAACAGUGUGAUCAGCGCUAAGACCAUCCAGACCCUGACCUCCCUCACGCCCCAGCCCCACACCACCCACCUCUCCUCCCUGUCCAAGUCCAGCUCUGCCUCCCUGGUGCCCCCCGGCUCCUCCCACACCCUCCCCCGCCGCGCCCAGUCAAUCAAGUCGCCCUCAUUGACCACCCUGAGCGGCCUGACAGACUGCAGCCUCAUGUACUCCAACUCCCGCGACGCGCUGGGCUACGCCACUCUGAAGUACGCCACUUCCUGUGACACGUACGCCAGUCAGCGUGAUGCACUGGGAUACGCUACUCUGAAGAGGCUGCAGCAGCAGAGGAUCCACUCGUCCCUGUCCCACAGCGAGGCUCUGGCCUCCCCAGCCAAAGACGUGCUCUUCACUGAUACCAUCACCAUGAAGACUGGCAGCCUGGACUCCAGACUCACCCCACGGUGGUUCCUGAAGGCUCUGAGUUUUGCCUCCCUGGACAAGGAGGAUCUGCUGAGCCCCAUCAGCCAGAGCACUCUGCAGCGGUGCUCCUCAGUGAGAUCCAUGCUGUCCAGCGCCACCUACGGCAGCUCUGAUGACUUCAUCGGCCUGGCGCUGCCUGUGGACAUCAACAACAUGUUCCAGAUAAAAGAAACACCAUAUUUCCAGAAGAGGACCAGCCCGCCCUCUGAGGACAGAUCUGCCAAAUUCUUCUCUGGAGACUCAGAUGGCCCCAGCCCUCACUCCCGGCAUGCUGUGCUUCGCUCCCAGCUGAGCAUCACCGAGCUGAUGGGGGUGAGCCGGGCGGAGCAGCAGAAGCUGCUGGGAUCAGAGGAGACUGGUCUACAGGAACACAACGAUGACAACUGUCUCUACUGCACCGGGCUUUCUGUGCUCGGCUUCAGCGCUUCCAACAGCAGCCCAGACUUGACGGAGGAACCCCCUUUCUCAGAGUGGUGCGAUCCGCCUGUGCAGAACCACCUGGAGGUCAUGGGCCAAACCAAACUGUCAGGAGUGUCCGGGUGCAGUGAUGCUGUGUCCCAGGGCUCCCCAGGAAGCAUCCGCAGCACUGAACUGGUUUUGGGAGUGAAGUCCAUCCCAGAGGAAUCUCCGGCCGGCAGGGUUCUCCUCAGGAAGGAGGUCCUGCGUCUCGUGGUCAACCUCAGCUCCUCUGUGGGGACCAAAGGCCAUGAGACGAACCUGCUAACGAUCAAGGAGAAGUUCCCCUAUGCAUUCGAUGACAUCUGUCUCUACUCUGAGGUGUCUUACCUGCUGGCCCACUGCAUGUUCCGUCUGUCCGCACGCCGCUUCAUCCAGGAGCUCUUCCAAGACGUGCCAUUCAUUCCGAUGUACGAAGAGGCAGAGAGCAUCCUCUCCAAGCUGCCAAAGAACGGACCAGCCGACCCUCCACCUGAGCCCUGAGUCAUCCCUACUGCCCUUCCCUUCCAUCUCUCAGCCAGUCAAACCCUGAGUCACCACUACUGAUCUUCCAGUCAACCACAACCCCUAAAGCCUGAAUCAAACCCCAACCCCACCCCCGGGACCUGCACUUAACCCUUCAAACCUCAACCCCCGGAACCUUCAGUUAACCCUCAAACCUCAACCCCCACCCCUGGAACCUUCAGUUAACCCUCAACCUCCACCCACGGAACCUUCAGUUAACCAUCAAACCUCAACCCCCAACCCCCUGAACCUUGGACUUUAUACCCCUCAAACUUCACUCAACCCCCACCCCUGACCCCUGACCCCUGACUUGUGAGACAACCCUAACCCCUGAACCACAGACCCUUGAGUCACUACCAACCACAGCUCUGUAGGGCCUGAGUCACCUUCCACCCCAUGUACUCCCUUACCUCUCCGUACCAGAGUGCACUCACUGUAUGUCCUCCUGGGAUUUGGACAAAGAAUAGAGAAAAUAUGGAGAAGGAGGGAAUAAAUAGGUUCUUCCUAUUGACUUAGUUUGAGAUAUGAUGGAUGGAUAACGCAGGAUUAACAAAUAUUCCAUUUUCUAUCUGAUCAAAUGAUGACAGCCAGCUGUGAGCGUUUUUAACAAAGCUCAUUUUGGGAAAUUCAUCACAAACUGAACUUGGAUCACAAUCACAUCCAAAUGGCAUAAAACAAAAGCUUAAAACAGUCCAUUCCUGAGGGCUUCCUCAGUUUUUCUUAGUAUAUGACUGCAUCCCAACCACUGGUGUGAAAUACCACAGCAUGUUGUUUUUAGCUUGGCUUCUCCCAAAGUGGAUCCAUUGACUUUGACUAAAACACUAAAGAGGAGGGUUCCUCUGCGUAACACUAAAACCUCUCUGCAUCUGGAGAGAGGUCCAUGCCAUUAUGAAAAUCCAUAUGUCUAAUCAUUACACCUGAACAAAGAACAGUGAAGGAGAAUAGUGAUGAAAAGGCUUUUGGUAUUGCUCUAUUUAAUGACGGCAGAUACAGGUAAGCCAAACGAUCAUCAGUCACUGAUGCAGUUUGGUGGUUGUCUCUGUUGUUUGUUGACGUGCUAAAGAGGAAAUGUUCCUCCUUGCCCUUUGCUGGAUUUUGUUUUGUUGUUAUGUUUAGGUUUUUGUUUGUCUGUGUUUUUAAGCAUAUAUAUUAAGAACUGAACAACUACAUGUAGGAGUGAAAUUUACCAAAUCAUUUCCAUUGAACAUCUGUCUGUGUGUUUCAGCACAGAGGAGUUAUUAACGGUCAGUUACUGAACUGAUGUUUGAAACUACGGCUGCAUUUAUUAUUGUUUUAUUUUUGUUUACGACCUAGCAAUUUAAACCCUAAAGUAAAAGCGCAGGGUUGAAACAAGAUUUGGUGCUCAUCACGGUGGAAGAAGACAUGUAUGGUACCGUUUGUUAGGUAUUCAUGUUAACACAUGCUUGACUGCAACCCUUUCUGCCAUGAAUUUCUUCAGAACAUGGUUCAUGAAAACAGUCACUAUUUGAUGGCCAAGGAGUGUUGCUGCUUCAGUAAUGGGCAGAAGUCAGUUGCCAUUCCACAGUCAGUAGCCAUUCCUGUCAGUUUCCAUUUCUCAGUCAGUUGCCAUUCAUUCCUGUGUUAGUUGCCUUCCUUAGACGGCGUCCUUGGGAGUCGCUGUCUGCUUGUUCUCAAUCCGGUAAAACUGGGGACUAAUGAAACUGGAGCAAACGUUUUGAAGUGGAGCUCAGGUACUGCCUAAACAUGUCCAAUAAGAACACUCAUUUCAUUUGAAAACUCUCAUCCAACAACAGCCACUUCUGGGGUCGUAAUCUAGAAAUCUAGCUACAUGUUUAUAAAAUGACUGUUUUAAACAGUCUUAAAAAUGUCAUUAUGGGAUUGUACUGGGGGUUUUUGCUAUGCAAGAUGCCUGUUAAUUGUGAGCCCAAAUUUACAUGUAUAGGUUAACUGAUUUGAUACUUUUUCAGCUUUUGUUUGAAUUUUGUUUAGGCUGCUGGAAUGACAUUGUCUUUUCAAUUUGUAUUAGAAGCAAAUCCUUCUGGCCCUAAUUAUAGAUCUAAGACAAAUUAACUGAUAAAUAGGAUGUGAAAUAAUAAGCAAACAAUGUUAAGACCACAAUCUAUCUAUUGUAGAGGGAAGAGCCUGCCAAUAGCACCUGCUUGGUUUUGGAGUGCUGAGGGGAGCUUGGCUGGUUUCGGGAAUUAGUUGUAGACAUUUUAUUUCAUUAAUGUUUUAAAGAAGUGGUGGUUUACAUUGUGUGGUCAUUUCCAAACUGCUGUGAGAACAUGAUUCACUUUGAAUGAAGAUGGUACUUGCUGCACUGAAUCCUUCAACAACAACAUGCACUUAUGACUAUUAUGACACAAUGGAAAUGUUUAGGCCUACUGUUGAAAAUGGCCUUGGUUAAGUGAUGAAUUGGUUAGAGGAAUGGACUGGUGAAAAGAGGAUUGGGGUGCACUGCAAUUGCACUGAGCAAUCAACCUUAACUAAGUAUACAUUUACUACAGAAAAUAGUCCUCUGUAUAAAUGUGUAAUGUUGAAAAGAUAAGUCCUCUGCGAGCAGAGAAUUGUAUAGUUGCAGCCCACAAUGUGCAUGGUGGAUCACUAUACUAAAUAAAAAAGAAAUGGGGAUAUUUAAUAUUGCAGAUUCCACUAUUCCUUCAUAUAACCUUAUUUUGCACUUUUGCAUUCUAAGAGGACUCAGCUCACCUUUUCAACAAACUGCAAACUUCUAAAUAGUGGUAGAAUUUUAGUUUUUUAUCAAGUCUACAUUUCAUAGUAGACCCAUUUACAUAAUACUGAUGUUUCAGAUAUAUAUUGAAUAAGGUAAAUUAUUUGGGAACAUAAUUGUACUACUUUCUGUUGGAAAAGCCAAACUGAAAAGCCAAUAAAGAUUUGUUAUCUAGCAAUUGUUUGAAACAACAGGAAGUAGUAACUUAAAUAUUUAACUUUUGUGUACAUUUGAGUGAUUUGAAGUGGACUUAUGCUGAUAAAUCACUGUAUGGGGAUGUGAAAACAAAGCCUUUAUUAUGUACCUGGACCGUUU